UUGUGGCUGGGUGUAGCAGCUGAAGUUAAUCAGACACCCAACAACAUGUACUGACUUCGUAUCGAUUCCCAAUCGACCGAUAAGGUCCCAUGAACCGUUAGGAAGUGGACUGCACAGGUAACUGGAUGGCAGAGAGUUUGGUAAUGGAGGUGUGCGUGGACUCUGUGGAGUCUGCUAUCAAUGCUGAGCGAGGAGGGGCAGGUCGACUUGAACUGUGCUCAAGUCUUCUGGAGGGGGGGCUCACUCCCAGUCAAGGUCUGCUGCACAUAGUGAAGCAGUAUGUCAAAAUUCCAGUCUACGUGAUGAUACGACCUCGUGGGGGGGACUUCCUGUACUCAGACCAGGAAGUGGAGGUGAUGAGGAAGGACAUAGAACUGAUGAAGAGCCACGGAGCCGAUGGACUAGUGCUGGGAGCUCUGACAGAGGACGGACGAGUGGACGCAGAGCUCUGCAUGGAGUUACUGGCUGCUGCUCGACCUUUGCCCGUCACCUUUCACCGAGCUUUUGACAUGGUUCAUGACCCAACGAUUGCUCUGGAGACUCUGGUGUCAUUAGGGUUCCAGCGUGUAUUAACAAGUGGCUGCGACAACUCUGCUUUGGAGGGACUCCCUCUCAUCAAACGGCUCGUUGAUCAAGCUAAAGGGAGAAUUAUUAUCAUGCCAGGAGGGGGUAUCACAGAGAGGAACCUGCAGAGAAUUUUAGAGGGGUCAGGGGCUCAAGAGUUUCACUGCUCAGCCCGCUCCGGUAAAGAUUCUGCCAUGAAGUUCAGGAACACCUGUGUGACAAUGGGAGCUACUUUCUCAGCACCUGAGUACGGCCUGAAGGUGGCAGAUGUGAGCAAGGUUCGCACUCUUAAUGCAAUAGCCAGAAACACCUUGUGAAUGGGUACUGGACAAUCAUGACAGACGACAAAACAGAUACCUCAAAAGUGAUGCAUCCACAUUUUUUUCACUAAAGCCCAGAAAAAGACAAUUUAGAUCUGCCACAAAGUGCUUUUUUGUCCUUUUUUUUUUUUUUUAAAAAAAAUACUGAUUUAACAGUCCUUGUAAAGUUAGAGCUCUGCAACCUUCUGGGAUAUGCAGUUAAAGUAUCUCACAGUAGAGUGAUGGAACCUGAAUUUAAAACUCUUGUGUUUUUAAAACUAAGGAAAAGCAAGUUUUCAGAGCAGUAUCUUUUCCAGUUGCCAUAUAGUUGACCUAUAUUUAUUUACAGCAAUACAGUGGAAUAUAACAAAGGGUUGUGAGCUUACAAGGACAGAAACAUUGUGACAGAAUUGAAUUAAAGGACAAAAUAUGAACUA